AAUGGUCAUAAAGCAUACAUAUAAAAAGGAAAAAAAUAAAAAUAAAAAACAAAGUAUGAGAAAAUAUAUGAAGCAAGUGGCGGUGGCGCUGAUGACCAAAUCCACCAUUUUCGCACCAACACUCACUGCAAACUCUCUCAGUCUUUCACGCCCUCGCCCACCACCCACCUUUGCAUCACACUCCAUCACAACCAUGAUCAACAAUCAGGAACAGCAACAUCAACUAGAAGAUGCCAAUCUUGAUGCUAUAUUCAAGCAAAAAAAGCUCCUCAGAUCCAGAGUCCGCAAGCAACUCAAGGCUAUGGACCCCACACUCAGAUCCCAGGAAGAUGAUGAGAUUCAGAGACUAGUUUUGGAAGCUCCAUGGUUUAAAUCUUGUCAGAGAUUAUGUGCUUACAUAACCUGCAAGGCACUACGUGAAGUUGAUACCUCAAAAGUUUUGUAUGAGAUUCUGGCAAAUCCAGCUAAAGAUGGCCACUCGAGGAAGAAGCUUUAUGUUCCACGGGUGGAGGAUAAGAACAGUAAUAUGCGAAUGCUAAACAUCUCAAGUUUAGAUGACCUUGUUGCAAAUUCAAUGGAUAUUUUAGAACCGGCUCCAGUGGAUGGCAAUGGAAAUAAACGGGAAGAUGUUAUGCAGGCAAAUGACCCAGUUGAUUUGUUUCUCUUACCUGGACUGGCAUUUGACAGAUCUGGAAGACGCUUGGGUCGCGGUGGAGGUUACUAUGAUACCUUCCUGAAGAACUACAAAGAGCUUGCAGGGGCUCGAAAUUGGAAGCAACCUCUUCUUGUUGCACUUUCCUACUCCAUUCAGAUAGUGGAUGAAGGAUCUAUACCAGUCACUCAGAAUGAUAUUCCAGUGGAUGCGCUUGUUUCCCCGGCUGGUGUGAUUCCCAUCAGUUCAGCUGCCUUAGACAGAUUGAAGGACUGAUAUUGGUCCUGGGAACCAAACCCAAAUACUUCCCUCUGGAUGGAAUCCUCACAUAAUCGAAGUUUGAUUUUUCCUUAAACAGGUAGAAAGAUAAUUAAAAAAAAAAAAAAUUGAUGUUCAUUUGCUCAAGCUGCAGGGAUUUAUGUUCUAAUGAGAGGCCAAGUCAAUAGCCUCAUCAUUUGGCCUUAGAUUGAUCUCAUAUCAGCUUUUGAUGUUGUGUUAUAUUGGCUGGAAUUACUGUUCAUAUUAGUAGUAACACAUCUCAAACUUUUCUAUUUAAGAAGCACCUCUGUUGAAAAUAAGAAUUAUGCAUGUGUGAAGUUGUUCAUUCUUCCCUAAGUGUAGCAGUUGAGAACCAUUAAAUAGUGAAAAACUCUAAUUAUUUUGAUAAA